CCUCUGGGCAGCUCACCGCCGCGCGCAGACAGCUCCUGCUGAGAACACUCCCAGCUCCCGGGCUCCGGAAUCUUCUCUGCGCGGGUCAGGAUGACAGGAGUCCCGGUGUACAUCACCAUCCUCGGAGCCUGCUUCUGCCUCGCGCUCCGGGCCGAAGGUGGACAGAACCCUGACCACGUGCUCCAUGGCACGGGUGCCAAGCACGGCUCCGAGCCCAAGAGGCCCGGGGACGACUCGACGGUGUCGCCCGAGGACGCCGCCCGCUUCCUCAGCUGCUACUGCUCAGGGCACUGCCCCGAGGACGCCAAGAACAACACCUGCGAGACCAACGGGCAGUGUUUUGCCAUCAUCGAGGAGGACGAGCACGGGGAGUCCAUUCUCACAUCUGGCUGUAUGAAGUAUGAGGGGUCCCAUUUCCAGUGCAAGGACUCCCCCAGAGCUCAGAAGAGGCGGACGAUCGAGUGCUGCCAGACGGACUUCUGUAACCGGGACCUGCAGCCCACCCUUCCCCCGGCCACAGAGCGAGAUCCCUAUUUCAGCAGUGCCCAUUGGCUGGCCUUCCUGAUAUCGGUCACGGUGUGCUGCUGCACUCUCAUCGCCAUCACCGUCAUCUGCUACUACAGGUACAAGUGGCAGACGGAGAGGCAACGCUACCACAGAGACCUGGAGCAGGAUGAGGCCUUCAUCCCAGCAGGAGAGUCCCUCAAAGACCUGAUAAAUCAAUCCCAGAGCUCGGGCAGCGGCUCUGGCCUGCCCCUGCUGGUCCAGCGCACCAUUGCCAAGCAGAUCCAGAUGGUGCGUCAGAUCGGGAAGGGGCGGUAUGGGGAGGUGUGGCUGGGGCGCUGGCGGGGCGAGAAGGUCGCCGUCAAGGUGUUCUUCACCCGCGAGGAGGCCAGCUGGUUCAGAGAGACGGAGAUCUACCAGACCGUCCUCAUGAGGCACGAGAACAUCCUGGGUUUCAUCGCGGCGGACAUCAAGGGCACAGGCACAUUCACGCAGCUCUUCCUCAUCACGGACUACCAUGAGAACGGCUCGCUGUACGACUACCUGAAGUUCACCACGCUGGACACGCGGGCCCUGCUGAAGCUGGCGUACUCGGCGGCCUGCGGCCUCUGCCACCUGCACACCGAGAUCUACGGCACGCAGGGCAAGCCCGCCAUCGCCCACCGCGACCUCAAGAGCAAGAACAUCCUCAUCAAGAAGAACGGCACCUGCUGCAUCGCCGACCUGGGGCUGGCCGUCAAGUUCAACAGUGACACAAAUGAGGUGGACAUACCCCUGAGCACGCGGGUGGGCACCCGGCGCUACAUGGCCCCCGAGGUCCUGGACGAGACCCUCAACAAGAACCAUUUCCAGGCAUACAUCAUGGCCGACAUCUACAGCUACGGCCUCAUCAUCUGGGAGAUGGCCCGGCGCUGCGUCACGGGAGGCAUAGUGGAGGAGUACCAGCUGCCUUACUACGACAUGGUGCCCUCAGACCCGUCUUACGAGGACAUGCGGGAGGUGGUGUGCGUUAAGUGCCUACGACCCACCGUGUCCAACCGCUGGAACAGCGAUGAGUGCCUGAGAGCCAUGCUGAAGCUGAUGUCUGAAUGCUGGGCCCACAACCCCGCCUCGAGGCUCACAGUGCUCCGCGUCAAGAAGACCCUCGCCAAAAUGGUGGAAUCUCAGGACAUCAAAAUAUGAGCAGCUCACAGCCCCGCACUCAGACAGGGGGAGGAACUCAGCCUCCUUUCUAAUGUUAUGAUUUCUGAAUUUUUGCUUCACCUCAAGAGGAGGGCAAGGAGGAGGGGGGAGAAGAAGAAGGAGGAGGAGGAGGAGGGGGAGGACAGUGGGACAAGGACAGAUUAGCCAGAGUUUGGCUGACCGCUGCCACCCCCGAUACUUGAGCACUGAUAGACGAUUGGUUGAGAGACAGUGCGUACCCAGACGGGUGGAACCCCACAGCAGGCAAGCAGGUUUCUUUUCCCCCCUGCUCUUUGACUACAGGCAUUCUGGGAAAUUGGAAGAGAGUCGCUGUGAUUGGUGCUUUCUGUGAAAGCCAUACGCUACAUCAUGGGGAGUGGGAGGGUGGGGGGGGUGUUGAGUGGGUCUUGAAAAGGAGAAAAGAACGUUACCGUACGAGACGUCAAGGAGAGCACUUGAUCUGAGACGCCAAGUCAGUGAAAAACGUCAACCGCCAAUUUUCUUUUUAUUUUCGCCUGUUUACAAGCUGUUUUUGUUCGUACCAGGACAAUGUUUUUUUUCCUGCCAUAUUAAAAUAUAUUUCUGACUCUUUAAGUAUAGUAAUUAUAAAAAAGGUAACAGGAAUCCAUUUGUAUUUAAAAUGUAAAUAAACCAUAACUAGAUGCUGUGCCUAUACAGAAAAGAAAACAUAUGCUGCAAACUUCUAUGUCCGGUUGGUGUCCAAAAUGCAGUUAGCUGCUCUGGCAGUUCAGACGUCGGGGGACAGCGCGUGAUGCGAUCAUCCGAGCGCAGCCUGGAUUACAGGAAGAACUCACUGUGCUUCAUACAAACAGACCUCAAACAGUGUAAGAAAUGCCCAAUGUCAAUUCUGUCACAUUUUAUAUAACAAAGUAAUGAUCUGGAAAACAUGCCCAACUCAAAUUUGUCCUCUUGCCUGGCAGUAGUUUCUAAAAUAUCUUUACUUGUUCUGUUUCAUCUGUCCCCUGUUGUGUAAAUGCAGUCUGGGAAACACAUGUUGUCGGGAUAGAGAAAGGCUGGUGAUGAGCCAGGCACCCCUUACAGUUUGUGUACAGUUGUAUUUAAAUGUGUAGGUGCUGAAAUUCUUCAGGUCUGUCACAGACGAGCGGCACAGGUGUGAGGGUCCUCCUGCACAUGGCUUCAGGAUAUGCUAAAAAUUUGUCCAUUUCAUUAUGGGUUUUUCCUUUCUUUAACAACUCUGUGAUCCAUAAUACUAUUCAAAGGGGUCACACUCAGUUCAUUCCCAUGCCGUAGUCAGAUGUCAAACUGAUGCCUUCGAACACCAUUGAUCCUGCUUUAGGGGAGUAUCUAGCAAAUGGUACAGCUUGCCCAUCUGUGCUCAGAGUUAUUGUAAGUCAAGCUUGUUCUCCCUUAAUGGUACGUCCCUUGGCAUAAUUUCAUAAUGAAAUCGCUAUAUAUGGAAAAGCUUUAACGCUGCACGUCUGUUAGCCUGCCAUGGUGCAAAGACUUGGCGUUGGCUGACAGUGGUUGCAUUUAGGUGUACAAUGACAUCUUACAAAAACACGCAGUGUAACACACAGAUGCGUCUCUUUGUUGUGUGCGAACGCACACUGAAUUGAUAUAAGCUUUUGUAAAUAAUGUGGAAUUAAAAUCAUUAUAGUUAUCCGGGAGUACAGGUUCGACAAGUGGAUACCUUCUGCAGAAGCCAAAAUGCUUUCCACCUGUCUGCGAUACACGGUGUGAUAGCAUCCGCUUGAGUCUGGAUGCUGGCACAAAGGAGGGCACCAUUUUGUGUAACUAGUAGAAGGUGAUGUUUAGGUCUUGGAGAGCAGCACGAAGUAGCACCGCCGCUAGCGAUGGAGCCACCACUGCACCAGCCGCGUAUUAAAAAAGCUCUUCCUUACCGUCUGGUAGAACUCUCUUCCACCCAACUGAACAGCGCUGUAUGCAUCCACAUCAGCCACACUGCGCACAGACUGUCUCAAUAUUUUGGCAAAGACGCAACAAUCCAGAAUUGAUUUUUGAGCCACCUGCUUUUUUUUUAAUCAGCGUUUGUUUUGAAAGUAAUAAUGAGAUCUGAAAAUGCAACGAAGACAGCAUACUGGUUUGAUACCAGGCAUUGCCAUAUAUUUAACCUUGCCAUCCAGUAAGAUGCCAAACCCCCAGCAGUGAGCCGAAGGCGUCUUUUGCAGUGUCUUCCACAGAGUUUUGCAUCCGUGUCAGGAGUUGUUAACACUUGUACUUGGCUACAAAACGUUUGAAAAAGGUGGUGUAGUGCAGCUUUCAUACUCCAUUGAAUUUAGACCAGACAGAGAAACAUAAAAGGCCCUUUUAUUAACUUAAAAAGUACAAAUGGAUAUUUAAGUCAAUGCUAUUGUCAUAUCCAUAGUAGCAAAACACACAAAAUGAUAACUUUGUUGUCAACAUAAGCACCUCUGCUCUCAACUCCCAUUUUGGUUUGAUCAAUGCAUGUAAGACAAUAUAUGAUAUUAAGUAUAAACAUACAUUUUAAAAAAACAUGAGUUGUGCACUAAAGAGAACCUUCUAUGAGUGAGACAAUGAAAUAGUUGCGUAUUUUUGUAUCUGCACAGGAAAAUAUAUAUGUACAAGUGGUGUAAAAAAAAAUCCUGUUUAACCAUUUGUGUCAGUGCAAGCUUGGUAGACUGCAGCGCAUUUCGUCCUGGUGUCAGUGGUGCUGCUUACAGCAGCAGGGAUGGAAGAGAAACGGUACACUUCAACAAGUCUCCACUGUUCUGCUGCGAUUGGCUUAAAAAUGCGAGCAAACCAGCGUAGCUUGUACGGUGAACAGCCCUGAUGGUCCGUCAGUGUAGCUCUCACUGUGUCCGCUCACCUUGGCACUGUGAUGCCCGAUUUCAGCCUAACCCCUUUAGAGCUUAAACAAAAACACUUAAAUACACAAAAUUGCCUUUUUCUUCCUUACCCCUGUGACUGUCAGUUCAACACAAGCUAUGUAUGUUUGCUGAAGCUGUGUGCCCGAUUUAAUUUUAAGUGUUUGUAAAGAAAAGAAAAUCACUGUAAUGAAUUAAACUUAGUUGUACAUAGUUGUUGAAAAUGAACGCAUCACAGAGAAGUAACAUGUCUCUUUUUGCCUGUGUUAUAUGCAACACUAUAUAGAAUAACCUCUAAUGUGUAACUCUUCAGUGUAUUCUGUACAGCAUCUGGUUUAAAAAGGUGCCUUAUUAAGUUUACCAAGGAAAAAGAAACUUCUGUACACAGAUUAUGUCCAAUGUAUCAAUUUUUAAGUAAAUAACCUUAUUUUAGUACACAACACUGUUGACUUGUGUCGGGUGAUUAUUUCAAAGGAGGAGUGAGUGAAGUUUUGCCUUAUGUGGCUUCCAAGGAUGCAAAGAUUCAUGUCUGCUGAUACUGAAUAAGAGAAGUAUUUUGUUUUAUCUGACAUGGUAGUUUAUACGUACUUGUGGUUCUCUAGUAUGGGUAAACUUCAUUUUAUUUUAGAGAAAUAAAGUCUGAUUUCCUCUUACAAAACAUGAAAGAAAAUACAUAUUUGACUUCAUUCUGCGGAUUUAUAAAUGUAACCAUGUGGGUGUAGCUGAAUUGAAGGUUGUGUUUAAACGCCGCAGAAAUAUUACCCACAAUUACCGUCUGAAUAUAAAGUGUAUCGUUGCCCCCAUCUAGUGGACAGAAUGAGUAUCGCAAGUGCAAAAUUAUACACAAUGGCAUUGACUAACCAAAACGCACGGAAUCCUAAUCCCACGCUAUAAAUAUACGAAAUGGUCUGAACAUAAAUGUAACAUCACAGAAAGAAGCUGUAGUUAUUGGGCAGGUUUUUGAAAUUAAAUUAGCCUUAUUGUAAAAAAAAAA